UUGGCGAAUACUCGCUGCAGUUAACAGUGGUGGAUCGGAACGUCCCUGAGCGCGGAGUAGAGGAGAGUACACGGCGAUACAGUCUUUGGGAGAAGAUAGUGCUUAUUUUCCCCCUCUCUCAGCUCUAACAACAAAUUAAAUCCGAUUUUGGUUCAGAGGGUCGUCUAACUACAGCAAUCGAAACGUGGGAGGAACAAAGGAUUUGAUCUUUCAAGUUUUUCUUUAGCAUUUGUUUUCUUUUCAUAAAACAGGAUUCUGUUGGAGGCUCGCUCGCACUCUAGACGCAAAGAUGAUGGUUGGAGAGAUCGAGGUGAAGGAGAGACCGAGGCCGAGUCCUGACUAUUUGAUGCAAUUGUUAAACGAAAAGAAGCUGAUGACCAGUUUGCCAAAUCUGUGCGGUAUCUUUACACACCUUGACCGGCUUCUCGAUGAAGAGAUCAACAGAGUGAGGAAAGACAUGUACAACGACACAGCCAACGGACCUAUAGAAAAACAGCCUCUGGAAUUACCCGAGGCCCUGGGGCCAAUCAUUCAUCUGCAGGAGAAGCUCUUUGUGCCUCUAAAAGAGUACCCUGACUAUAACUUCGUGGGCAGAAUCCUGGGGCCUCGUGGACUCACCGCCAAGCAGCUGGAAGCAGAGACUGGAUGUAAAAUCAUGGUGCGAGGCAAGAGCUCCAUGAGGGACAGAAAGAAGGAGGAGCAAAACAGAGGCAAGCCCAACUGGGAACAUCUGAACGAGGACCUGCACGUCCUGAUCACGGUGGAGGACACACAGAAGCGCGCUGAGAUCAAGAUGAAAAGAGCCUUAGAGGAGGUCAAGAAGCUCCUGGUGCCCGCAGCGGAAGGAGAGGAUAAUCUGAAGAAGAUGCAGCUGAUGGAGCUGGCCAUUCUCAACGGGACGUACCGAGACACCAACAUCAAGACACACCCCCUUGCGUUCUCUCUUGCAGCGGCGGCCGCCGCCGCUCAGGGCCCCCGUCUAAUGCAGGCCCCCCAGGGGCAGUUGAUGGCCCCCCAUCAGCAGAUGAGGCCCCCCACACCGGCAGGGCCCCCCAUCAUGAACAUCAUCCGACAACCCCAAAUGCAGGGCAUGUUACCCAAUGGCACCCCAACCCUGGUGCCUCCCUCGCCGGACGGCGGCAUCCUCUACGCCUCCCCGUACGACUACCCGUACGCCCUGGCGCCCACCUCCCUGCUGGAGUACCCCAUCGACCACAGUGGGGUUCUAGGUAAGCGACCCUGGGGCCUGGGCGGCGGCCCCUUUAGCCCCGGACAGGAGGGCAGCUUGUUUUACCCUGGGUUUUUGGACGCGGCUUCGAUGAGCCACGGUCAGGACUUGUUGAAAGGUGCAAUGGCUACUAAAAUGAGACGACAUGACUCGCGCGUCCAUCCUUACCAAAGGAUUGUAGACAGAGCCGCCACCGGCAACUAACACAUGACCUUCUGACCUCUGAACUCUUCACCCAAUGACGAGCCGCCCCAAGCCUGCCUGCUGAUCAGUUAACUGGUAAUUGCCUUUUGCUAGCCUCUCGGGACGCAGUGAGAAAGAGGCGCCUGCCCUUAGUUACCCUAACAUGUUUUUGAUUUUUUUUUUUUUUUACAUUUAAAAAUAUAUAUAUAUAUCACAAUCUCAUAGAAACACAUCAACCAAAGUUAUUAUUUAAUUGAUUUCUGUUCAUUGAGUUGAAUUCCCAUUCUCUCUCUUUCUUUUUCUUCAUGAAUCACAAACUGGAGGAAUGUGUGUGUGUGUGUGUGUGUUACUAAUGAAUCUGCACUGAAUAAAAAUAUAUAUAUAUUUAUAUAUAUAUAUAUAUAAUCUCAAUAAAGAUCCCGUCCUCCCUGUCGACCGCCCCCGUACCUGCUCUGAUUCGGUGACCUCACUAAUAAUUACUGAACAAUGGGAACGGAACCCAAACUGUAUGGCCCCUUUCCCUCCCCAUUCCACACUUCCUUGUGGGUCAUUUGAAAGAAAAGGAAAUAGAAGGAAAGAGAAACUAGACUCACACCAACUUGUUGAUUCUCUUGUCAUUUUCAUAUGUGGUCGUGCAUUAUGAACCUCUGAGAUGAUAAUGUGCUGACACAUUCUGGGUGUGCCCUCCACGGCUGUCGGUUAAAAGCAUGGCUAAAUUGACUGCAAAUGGAGCUUAUUAUAAUUUGUUUUUAUGUUAUGUUUUUCUUUGGUUUUACUUGAUUUUUCUGUUUUCUUGUUAAUUCAUUCUAAUGAGCUCUUUUGUGAAGGACUAGCCAGACAAAGCAGGUUGUAAGAACUUAAAAGGUAGCUUUUGAAGUGGCAGGCCUAUCAUGGGCAGUUAGCGGAAGCUAGGUGGGGUGCUGGGACAGGGUGAUAUGGGGAAGAAUCAGGAUGAGAAACGGUGUUUCUAUUACUAUAAUGAAAGUAGGAUGGGUUGAGGGCACAGUGAAUAUAUAGUCAACUAGCUACUGAACUUAACUAUGCCCCUCCACACUGUGUCCCAAGUAUACAGUGCCUGAUGUAUUUAGAGAAAUGAUGCGAGCUGUGAUCUAAAAGACAAAAAAAAGUAUUGUGCGCAUAUUUAACCAGAGCGUUUCCAGUUGAAUUAUAUCUACUUAAAUAUGUAUCUAACCGCAGAGGGCUCUCCACCAUUUUAGCCUUUGAAAGGGUGUGAUUUCAUGCUUGCGUAAGUAAAGCUCUAGUUUCCCAUGAAGAGACAAAGGCGAUUUAAACACUAAAGAUGGCUACUGGUGAAGGGAGGAUCCUGAUAGUGAAGUUUGUAUAUAUUUCCUUUUCUCUUUUUUUGAUUUUGCCUUUUUGUUUUUGGUUGUAUCUAUACCCCCUGGCAAAAAAAAAUGCUAGUGUGUUUUUAUAGUUUUCUUUUAAUCUCUUUUCCAAUUUGAUACCAAUCAAGUCAUCCUUGGGGGACGGGAUACUUGCCCUCGUGCAAAUAUGCCUGUUUGAAUUUAAAUGACUUUAUUUUUAACAUCACCAUACCCGUUUCAAGUCCCCCAAUUAGCACAUCCACAAUGUGUCUCCGUGAAGGUAUAGUCCAGCUCCUGAGCCCUGACCGUUUCUUUUACUCUUUCUGAAGAACAAAAAUAGGAUGUGAAAGCCAUGCCUGCCUGUUCAAAUUGCUUUAUACAUACCUGUUAUAUAUAUAUAUACAUAAAUACACACACAGAGAGAGAGCGAGAGAUACAUGUAGAUACCUGUCAUUACAUAGUAAAGAUGGAGAACACAAUGAAAUCCUCUUACAGGAUGCUGGAGAAGAAAACAUAUAUAUUUUUGGCAAUUUUAGCUUUUUAUACUUGCAGUUACAAAAUAUGGGGGGGGGGAAGGUAAAAAAAAAAUAGUAUGCAGAAAAAGGACAUGUGGCGAAAAUGCUGUGUUACUUUGGAUAUUAUUGGCUUGGAAAAUAAAAAUAAAGACCAAAAUAGUCAUACCUAGGAACAUUGCAAGUAUGUAAGUGUUACGAAGAGGGGUUGAGAGAGACACAGAGAAGAUGUUUUUUUUUUUUAAAGUUAAAAGAAGUGCCUUAUCGACGGUCGUUUCUUUUUCCAAGUGUUAACAUUCUGUUCAGUAAUAUCCAGCAACAACUAGGAAACUGCAGAGAGGAACGGCUUCUGUAUGCGCUCUGAAGAGUUGAGCAGGGUAGCUCCGUCAUUAUCGCUGAGCUACUGAAGUUAUUCUAUGCAAAAAGAAUAGCAGUCGUAUGACCAGCUAAAAUAUGUGCCAUGGUUCGUCUUCCCAAGUAUAAGUUCAGUUUCUUUGUUUUAUUUUCUACCUUUGGCCCUUUUCUCUGCCACCGGAACAAGUUUCAUUUCUUAUUUCUCUGCAUUUUGAUUUAACGUGUUUUCCCUUGUCUCGUUUUCUGGUAACUGUGAUUAUUCUACAAAGAACAAACUGCCAAUAGCAACGCAGAAGUCUGCCAGGACAUUUUAUGAAUAAAUUGAAUAUGAAAUGAGAUUAAGAGGGGAAAAGCCGUUUGCAUGUAUACCUCUGUUUCAAAAUCUGCAAACUGAAAACAUCCAGUCUAACAAUGCGUUCUCACUACAAUCGGGGAAUGUAGCCAACACCGUUUUAUAAUCAAUCGUAUGACCUAAAGACCCCAGGGGGUUUUCCCAGAUGCAGUUCGGGGCUCUUCAGAUUCGGAGGAGGGGGCUGGAUGACAUGUAUUGAUUUCUAUGUUAGUCAAUAUGUAGCCAUUCUGGAAGUGAUCGACAUAAAGCUGGAUGAUAUAGCCGAGACUAGAAAAACUCCUUGCCUCCCUACAGGUAAAACGAUGAGGCCGUCUGCACUCUUUUUAAGGUCCUUACUACUGAGUAGUGUUGGUUCCAGGUGUGAAUACUGGAAGAGGUGAAGUCCCGCACAUGGUAGAACAAACGAUUACAUCCAAAACUGAGGCUUGAAAGCAAAAUCAAGAUGGUGCAUAAAUGAAAGGUGAAAACAAAACAAGCGUUUUGUCUUUAGGCCGUCUCUACAGCUAACACAACUUCACAGCCAAGCAGUUUUCAGUUAUUGAAACAAAAGGCGGGGUAUCUAAUCAAAAAUUUAAAAAAUACUAUAAAAAAUCAAUUGAGACAUGACUUCUAAAGUAUUUCCCUGGCAGUCUGAUACUAUUUAUUUUUCUCAUACAUGCUUUACACAGAAAAGGUCAAUUUGUUUUCAGUGUUAUGAAUUAUUCUUAAUUUUUUUAACAUUUUUUUUUUUUUUAGAAAUGCAAUAUUAACAUGGAGCAAGAAAUGACAAGCAUUUUGACAGUAUUAAGAAAUAUUUCCUCAUACAAUGGCACAGCGUGUUGUAACAUUGCAAAGGUUGGUUUAGUUCAUCAGGUAUAUGGUGAAAGAUACCGUAUUCUCUGACCUGCCUAGUACGAUGUAUGAUAAUGUAAUUUACAGCCAUUGUUAAAGGUUUAUAAUGUAUUUUUCUAAUCUCAUUUUGUAUGUAUAUUAUAAAAUCCUUUUUCUGACAUUUUUUGUUGUUGUUGAUGAAGCCCACUGCAACUUGUUUUUGAACCACCCCCCCUCACAUCUUGAAAUCUGUCCCUCAUUAGGAGUGUUUCCUUUCCUAGAGUUAGAUAUAGUUUUCUUGCCAAAUCCUAGCUUGUUUAACUCAUUAGCAACUUUUCGUUUCUUGUCAUAAGUAUUUUUACAUGCUUGCUUUAUAGUUUUCAUGGUGUGUGUUGUUAUAUUUCUUAUUAACCCCUUGGCAUUUAUUUUAAUAAAACAUUCUUAGUAAGAAUUUUACUAACUUGCUGAUAUUAUUUUGGUCUUGUUUUUAACAAGUUUAAUGGAUGUACGACCUUGGUCUGGUUCACGGACUAACACAAUUAAAACUGGUGUCUGACCACCAAACACUUACACUGACAUGCCUGUACACACACGCAUAUGUGUGCACUCAGCAGCAUUCAUAUUUGCACACACACACACACACACACACACACACUGUCUAACUGGAACCUGUGCACGAGCUGAUCCGUCCCUCACUCUCGCUCACACACACUUUCACCUGUGUUGCUGAAAAGAUUCUUCUAAACACUCUACAUAAUCCCAAUCCCAGCACCGCUGCUGUCUCGUCCCUCCUUUCUGUUUAUCACCACUCUCUUGUGGUUUUGCCCUUUGUAAGAGAACCAGGUAGCUGCUCGCUGUAACUGGAAGUGUAGGAGAACCAGGAAGCUGCUCUCUGUAGGAGAACCAGGGAGCUGCUCUCUGUAGGAGAACCGGAGAGCUGCUCUCUGUAGGAGAACCAGGGAGCUGCUCUCUGUAGGAGAACCAGGGAGCUGCUCUCUGUAGGAGAACCGGAGAGCUGCUCUCUGUAGGAGAACCAGGGAGCUGCUCUCUGUAGGAGAACCAGGAAGCUGCUCUCUGUAGGAGAACCAGGAAGCUGCUCUCUGUAGGAGAACCGGAGAGCUGCUCUCUGUAGGAGAACCGGAGAGCUGCUCUCUGUAGGAGAACCGGGGAGCUGCUCUCUGUAGGAGAACCAGGGAGCUGCUCUCUGUAGGAGAACCUGGAAGCUGCUCUCUGUAGGAGAACCAGGAAGCUGCUCUCUGUAGGAGAACCAGGGAGCUGCUCUCUGUAGGAGAACCGGGGAGCUGCUCUCUGUAGGAGAACCAGGAAGCUGCUCUCUGUAGGAGAACCAGGAAGCUGCUCUCUGUAGGAGAACCAGGGAGCUGCUCUCUGUCGGAGAACCUGGAAGCUGCUCUCUGUAGGAGAACCAGGAAGCUGCUCUCUGUAGGAGAACCAGGGAGCUGCUCUCUGUAGGAGAACCAGGAAGCUGCUCUCUGUUUGGAGAACCAGGGAGCUGCUCUCUGUAGGAGAACCAGGGAGCUGCUCUCUGUAGGAGAACCGGAGAGCUGCUCUCUGUAGGAGAACCAGGGAGCUGCUCUCUGUAGGAGAACCAGGGAGCUGCUCUCUAGCGUUAACUGGAAGUCUAGGGUUGCAGGUGAAACACUAGGAUCCAACACACAUGUACAACUGAAACCUAAUAUGCUGCUCAUCAUACAUUAUCUCAAGGCAAUCUGCCUUGUGUAGGAGUAACUCAUCUGAUUCAACACCAAUGUGCCCUCCUGGGUUUGAGAGGGGGGAGAGCAACAGAGAGAGAUUACUGUAGCGCAGAAGAUACUAAUGUUCAUAUUGCUAUGACCCCAUAUUGCUAUGACUCCCUAUUGCUAUGACUCCCUAUUGCUAUGACCCCAUAUUGCUAUGACCCCCUAUUACUAUGACCCCCUAUUGCUAUGACCCCCUAUUGCUAUGACCCCAUAUUGCUAUGACUCCCUAUUACUAUGACCCCCUAUUGCUAUGACCCCCUAUUACUAUGACUCCCUAUUGCUAUGACCCCCUAUUACUAUGACCCCCUAUUGCUAUGGCCCCCUAUUGCUAUGACCCCCUAUUACUAUGACCCCCUAUUGCUAUGACCCCCUAUUGCUAUGACCCCCUAUUACUAUGACUCCAUACACCGUUAUUACAACCCAUUCAAAAUGAACUGGUCCUGCAAUGUGACGCGUCUGAUGUUAGACACAACUGGAGCCCCUAUACAAUCCCUGAAAAGGCGAUCCGUUGCUACAAAGUACUACUACUCUAUUUACUCUUAAGUAAUUCUACAGGUUAUUGUAAUGCUUUCACAGGGCCGUUUCACUAAAGCACCAGCCAUUCAUCUACAGGGUGAACCAAUUGGUCGGUUCCAUUUAGGUCAUCUGUGCCUUUUCAGCCAUUGGUCAUUUUCCUACUCAGGUGUGAAGUGUAGAUCAGACAAUGACCUGAAGGCUACACUAGAAGGGAGUACUUGUAGUGCUGAUGUAGUAUUCUACUGCCUUAACCCAUUUCGCAAGAGUCUAAACGAUAGUGUUGACAAUGCAACAAAAACUUUGGGAUCCAAUUUAGAAUGAAGAUAUUAGCUUCUAUUAGUUGCUUUGUAAUCCGACUCGAUUCACAGCCAGCGCCUACUAAUGUCUGUUCUGUUUCACUUUUUUCCUCUUUGCUUCUUUUCCUCACUAAUUUGAGGUGUUCAGACUGACACAUGAGCCGAGAUGAGCUGUUAUUAAUCUCUUUUUUUUGUGAUUAUACUUUAACCCACUGGGUGUUUGUUGCCUCCGCAAUUUCAAAGUAUCUCUGCACAAACAACUUCGGCUUUAACAAUCUUAAUUCCUUAGUUUCCACAAACAAGCGAGUAAAGCGCAUAAUAUUUAGACUUUCGCCGCUGUCUGAAAAUUAACAAGUCUUCCCUGUCUGAUGAUCAUGGGUGCGUUUCUGUGACACUUCACUUUAGACAAGCAAUGAAGAAAAAAAUAGAUAUCAAUGGGAGUUUGUCAAUCCAAACUUUGGCAUAUUUCCAUCUGGAGCAAUGUUUAAGAAAUACUUGUUGGGUCUUCUAACCUUUCUUAUAUAUUUAUGUAGUUAAUUGUAAUUCAAAUUAAAUAAAAAAACAAUUAUCUGUGCCAAAAAUGACCUUAACUGGAACCUGCCUUUUAGAAAUAGGUGUCUUUAUGCUGUCUGAAGUGUAAGUGUUGCCUUUACUUUUCUGUUGGCUCGUUUCCCCAGUUCAGCUGAUGACAAGAAUAUGAAGUGGCAAGUUAUUUGUCUGGUGUUGCAAUGCAUUACAAACCCUGCCUGCAAGAUUGCAUCUGGAAAUAAUAAGUGCCUUUUUGUGAGAGAUUUUGAAAAAUGUAUAUAUUGUGCCAAUUACUGGUAUCUCUCACUUGCCAUUUUUGUUGAGCACUAAAAAAUGAAAUUCUUUAGCUAUUCCUGCACACUGUAGAUGGAUCGUUUUUUUUUUAUUUUGCUAAACUAGAAUAUUUGUAGAAAUAUAUAUAUUUUGGUUUAAAAAAAAAUAUUGCGCCUUCCAUUUGUGGUAUGUAAUUGGACCACAUUAUGCAUAUAAUAGCAGGGAAGCAGUCCUAUGUGGUCUGAAUGAAUGUCUCGUGUUAGUCCUGAACUGUGUUACUACUUACUACCUUACCCCUGUAUUGUCAACAAGUAUAUUUCUGAAAACAUUCCUCAAACGUAAGCCACAUUAUGACCGCUGGUUAACCCAUUAACGUGGUCUCAAUGACGUAGCACUCAGAGUUAACGGGUAAUGAUACCAACAAUUGGAAUAAUGAUUGAAACCCCAUUGGAUUUUUUUCUUUACGUUUAUUUUUUGUUUAUCAUCUGUGUGUUGAAAAAAAAUCAUUUAAAAAACGUUUCUCGGUGAUCUGCUAUUGAAGUUCCUGAUGCAUGUAGGGGUGCACUACAUCUGAGAAUUGUUGUGGAGUUGUAAGGUUUUAUGUGAUGCUGUUUUGUUUUUAUAGAGGACUAGAAUAGGAUUCUGAGUAGGAUAUAAAACGAUGUAUUGUCAAUUAUGUUGCUCACACCAAAAAAGGAAAAUGUCAUGUACAAUAAAGAACCACAUUUACAAGUGGCCUGUUGACUGCU